AUGGUCAGGAGCAGUUAACGCCUGCAGGCUCUCUUCAUAAAAAGAAACUGGCAAAAAGACCUGGAUACAUGAGGCCAGAAGCUCAGCGACAGAUAGAGUUUCAGUCCCUGGGUGCCUGCAAGCUGUUCAACCCAGAAGAGCUUAAACAUGGUAGGAAGUAUUGUGGAGACUUUGAGAACUGCCCUCUGUGCAGACAAUACAAAAAUAACUUUGAAUUCUUACACUGUAGUUCAGUUGUAAAUAGUGCUGUAGUUCCCGCUAACGGGGUAACAAUGUUGGCUGCUGCUGGAAAUAUGCCAGAGAGCUGUAAAAAUCUUUCAUGUCACAAGAGUCCAGAAAACACAGUGAUACCGGUUUACCCUGCUGCACCAACAGGCAAAGGAGAAGUUUCUGCUGUAUGUUGUACGUGGCAGAAGAGCCACGGCGCUAAAGUGAGCGAGCCCCAAAACAUGUAUGCUUUGGAUCAGACAGAAGCGAAUAACAACUGUGAAUAUCAAAACAGAGAUGUUGUUUCUUGUUCUGUUGGUGCACAUGAUAGCUUUAGUUCAAGUUUCAGCUUCAUACAGCUCUCCCUGAGCUCGUCCUCUGGAGUAAGUGAUGCUGAAGGCAAGUCAACCGUCGAGGAAGCCGAGCGUGUUCUGUGUCCUAGCACCACAGGAAAUCUGCAGAAGCCAGAGGAGACAGCUCAGGCUUGUGAGUACUUGGGAGCUUUGCGUUGCGUCUCCAGGCCCAGAGAGGAUUUGGAGUAUGAAAAUGAGACCACAGCAAAUGAUAAACUACAGGACUGUGAGACUGUCUCUCUCUCGGAUACAGAUGCAACGUUUUCAUAUUCUACAGAUUCCUUGGAUGCAGCAUCUGCUGGCUCUUCUGUCACCUCGGGCUAUGAAAGUAGCUUUACUAUUAGUGACCAUAACUGGGAUACUUUGAUGAAAAAAUAUGAACCAGUGCUACAGGACUGCCUGCUCGGCAACCGCUGUACAUUAAAGAUAAAAUCCUUGGUCUUACGGCUUCAGAGGCUUCAGGAAAAAGCAAUAGAGGAAGAUGACUAUGAUAGAGCUGAUAAAUUUAGACGGAAACUGGAAGAACUGGAGAAAGAGAAAAAUUCUUUGAAAUUUCAGCUUCCUUCAAGGCAUCCUUCAAUUAGCAGCUUUUUGGACAGAUUCGUUACACAAGUUCAAGCAGCAUUGUGCUGGGCUGCUGAUCAUCAGGUUAGACAUGAAGAAACCAAGCUUUGGCAUGAAAACAAACAUAAACUUUGGAGAUCUACUUACCAGGAGAGGACGCAGGUUUCGGCCACAAAACGAAACCAACUUUUUCAAGAAAAGAAAUGGUUACAGAAAGAAAUUGAAGACCUCCGAGCAAGACUGACCAUAUUAGAAGCAAAAGAUCAACAGCUAAGAAGAGAAAUUGAAGAACAAGAUAGGCUUAUUCAGUCACAGGACUGUGAACUGACUGCUUUACUUGGCUGUGUUUCUUUGAAAGAACUACAGGAAAUAAGCAAAGCUGUGGAUGACACUUUAGCAUCCUCCCAUCAAAUUCCAUUCAGUCUGGAUCUUCCAGGGACAGUAAAGAG